AUGCCUAUCGCCGUCUCGCCGACCCUACCCAAGAAUGGCCUCACUAAAUUCACCAACUGUCGGCUGCUGAAAGGCAACGACUUGGUCUGGGAGGACCUUUGGGUCAGCUCCAUCACUGGCAAGAUCAUCGAUAGCCAGGCUUCAUUCUAUGGUGGCCGCAACAUGCCUGACAAUACUCUUGAUCUUGGUGGACGCAUCAUUGCACCAGGUCUGAUUGAGUGCCAGCUCAACGGUGCCUUCGGCUUCAACUUCUCAACUCUACUGGAUGACAUGUCCGAAUACGGUAAAAAUAUCCAAAAGAUCAAUCGACUACUCGUCAAGACAGGGGUCACAUCAUACAUCCCAACCAUCACCAGCCAACGGCCUGAAUUAUACCAAAAGGCCCUCCCGUAUCUUGGCCCGUCUGGGGAACUGCGGAUCCCGGCUCACGGCGCCGAGUCCCUUGGUGCUCACUGCGAGGGUCCGUUCUUGAGUCCCACCAAGAACGGAGUUCACAAUGUCGAUGUUCUCACACAAGCUGAAUCGAUAGAGGACAUUGAGCAAUGUUAUGGUCGUGAGAACAUGACCCCUCGUUCCGAUGGCUCGCCGACGCCGAUCAAGAUGAUUACAGCAGCGCCGGAACGCGGACAGAUGAUGAACCUCAUCCCAGAGAUCACAUCAAGAGGAAUCAUCUAUUCAGUUGGCCACACCGAGGCAACAUACGAAGAGACAUCGCAAGCUGUCAGUAAGGGUGCUAUAAUGAUUACACACCUCUUCAAUGCCAUGCGCCCGUUGCACCACAGAAACCCAGGCGUCUUUGGAGUUUUGGGCAAGGCCGAGAGUCUGCCACGACCUUACUUUGGCAUCAUCUCAGAUGGCAUUCAUUUGCAUCCUACGACUAUCAAGAUCGCAUACAGCGCUCAUCCUGAUGGAUUUAUCCUGGUCACGGAUGCUAUGCAUCUUGUUGGUCUCCCGGAUGGAGCCUAUCCGUGGACAAACGGAGAGUACACAUGCAACAUUGUCAAGCAGGGUUCUAAAUUGCUCCUUGAGAACUCCGACACGAUUGCUGGGAGCUCAAUCACUCUCCUCGAGUGUGUCAAUAAUUUCAGACGGUGGACUGGGGCUAGUAUUCCUCAGGCACUUGGAGCGGUCACAUCAACACCGGCCGCAAUGCUUGGCUUACAGGGAGUCAAGGGUUCACUAGAAUCGGGGGCUGACGCAGAUCUGGUGAUUUUGUCAGACGGAUACGAAAGCCAGGGUGAAGUCAGGGGAACGAAUGAAGUUCUUGUACUGGACGAAGUGUGGAAGUUUGGUGAGAGGGUGUCCGAUUCUGCCAAGGAGAGCAAGUUGAUGUGA